AUGACGCUGGCUUUUGAUGUGCUGCGCGUGCUGGCUACGUGCUCCUCUUUGGCGCUCUACGUGUCCCCGUGGCCCGAAUUCCGCCGCAUCGAGCGCCGGCGUUCGUGCGGGGACGUGUCGUUGCUGCCCGUCGUCAUGCUUUUCUGCAAUGCCUUCAUGUGGUGCGUCUACGGCUGCGUCGCCGAUAGCAUCUUCCCCCUAGUGGUGGUCAACGCGUUCGGCGUCUGCACAAGUCUCAUUUUCUCCGCCAUUUACAUGCGCUGGGGAUCCACAGAGCAGCGAAUUUACGCGCGCCGACUCUGGGUCGGAGCCGGCACGGCAAUGCUGCUGGCCACCACCUAUGCUGUCUUAGGAUUGCGCGGCGCAACCGGCCAGCACCCGGUCGAUGUCGUGGCUACGCUCGGCCUUGUGUGUGUCACCUGUAAUGUCAGCCUAUUCGCGUCGCCCCUGGAGACCGUGGGCACAGUCAUCCGCACCAAAUCGGCGGCGUCGCUGCCCAUCGAGUUGUGCGUGGCUAACCUCGUGGCAGGUGCGCUCUGGUCUGCGCUGGCCAUCGAGCAGAACGACAUGUUCGUGCUCACUCCCAAUGCGCUGGGCAUGCUCUUGGGCAUUCUUCAGGUGGCCCUUUACCUCGUAUAUCCGCCGCGGCUCCAGGCGGUGCUACGCCCGGAGCGCUCACGUCCGCUGCCCGUUAUCACGUCUGCUUCGAAGCCAGACGAGCUGAGUAUCAAGGUCGCAGUGCAAGGGCCCGUGUUUCUGCCUGAACCGAGUUCGCUGACGCCGCUAGUGGCGCCGUCACGCAGAGGGGUGACCAGAUCGUUGUUGCCGACCAGCUACGGAUCGAAGAGCGUUGAAGUGGCCGCCGCAUGAGGAAGGACCGACACCCUAUAAGUUUCGUGUACGCUAGGCUUGCUAGCAAGCUUUGAGUCGUGUAUUGAAUUUGCAGCUUCACUCGCCGCUUUCGUCUUCGUUUUUUGAGAAGAACUACCCUCGACAUCAGUACCUUGCUGGUUCAAGGCCGAAACGAGGACAGUACA